AUGGUCCUCCCUAUGGACCCCUAUGGCCCUCCCUAUGGACCCCUAUGGGCCUCCCUAUGGGCCCCUAUGGUCCUCCCUAUGGACCCCUAUAGGCCUCCCUAUGGACCCCUAUGGUCCUCCCUAUGGACCCCUAUGGCCCUCCCUAUGGACCCCUAUGGGCCUCCCUAUGGGCCCCUAUGGUCCUCCCUAUGGACCCCUAUGGGCCUCCCGAUGGACCUCCUUAUGGACCCCUAUGGUCCCCCCUAUGGGCCUCCCUAUGGGCCUCCCUAUGGACCCCUAUGGGCCUCCCUAUGGACCCCUAUGGGCCUCCCUAUGGACCCCUAUAGGCCUCCCUAUGGACCCCUAUGGUCCUCCCUAUGGACCCCUAUGGUCCUCCCUAUGGACCCCUAUGGGCCUCCCUAUGGACCCCUAUGGACCUCCCUAUGGACCCCUAUGGGCCUCCCUAUGGACCCCUAUGGGCCUCCCUAUGGACCCCUAUGGACCCCUAUGGGCCUCCCUAUGGACCUCCCUAUGGGCCUCCCUAUGGACCCCUAUGGUCCUCCCUAUGGACCCCUAUGGGCCUCCCUAUGGACCCCUAUGGACCCCUAUGGGCCUCCCUAUGGACCUCCCUAUGGACCUCCCUAUGGACCCCCUUGUGGUUGUUGUGUUCACAAAUCUAAAAUGUGUAUUUGA